CGUUGGUCUUCACCUAAAGAUGCAAGCCAGAAUGGCUGCUGUAGAAGCUGCAGGCAUCAGCGAGAAUAGCAAGUCUCUGUUGGUCAAAGAUGGAAAUCAGGAGCCGCAGGAGGAAAACGGGGCAGCCAGCCACCUCUCCGAACACAGUGACGCGUCCUUCGCUGGGGCAGAGCCGAAUCGCCAACAGGCGCCCGCCAGCAAGCUGAAGAAGACAGCCUUUAAGUUCUUUGGUGGGAAGAGAAGCAUCUGCACCCUGCCAAGUUUUUUUGGGGGGAAGAAUAAAAGCCAAGCAAAGGGCGCUUCCAAAAAGGGUCUCAGCAAGAGUAAGACCCAUGACGGCAUCAGUGACGUGGGGCAUGAAGAUGCCAAUUCCAGAUGUCUGAGGGGUCCCUCGGAUGGAGGAGCAGACUUCCCUCCUGCCCAGCUGCCGAGUUCUCAAAGUGCUCUUUUGGGAGCCGAUCUCAGAGUUGGCUUUGCCCAGCCCUCCACCUCUCUGUCCAGCAGUACUGAAGGCUUUGAGAAGAAGCUGACGGGAGAGAAAUCCUUGUUCCUCCCGAGGUCGAAAAAGGGUCUGAAAGGGCUCUUCAACAGCAUUCGGCGUCAUCGGAAGAACAAAGUGGCUGAACCUGAGAAGACGGAGCUGCAGGAAUGGGCUCCCCGGGAUACUGUGACCGAAGAACAGCCACAUGGAAAUGAGCUGGUUGGGCGUAUGAAAAGCAGGGCCGUGUCACCAGGAUGUGGGGGGAAUUCCUCUGGCGAUGCUCUGCCUCAAAGAGCAGCCAACCACAGUGAGUCAGGAGAGAUGGGUUGCGUGGCAUCAAGCCCAGUUAAGUCUGUUGACGAGGCAGCCGGAGGAUCGGCAUGCUCUGAAGGAUCUCGAGAUGGGCAGCUGGACAUGGAUAACGUCUGUGCUAACUCUGCCUACAGGGUCCUCCCGGAUGCUUUUGAACCAGAGUUCCUGGACAAGACCCCUCCUUGCAUACCACCCGGGGAGCAGCUUAGCUUGAUGUUUGGGGAUGUUACUUCCCUUAAAAGCUUCGACUCUUUCACCGGCUGUGGAGAUAUCAUUGCGGAACCAGAUCUCGACAGCAUCACGGAGAGCUCGGCGUCUGUGGAGCGCAGCAGAGAUACUGCCAAGAGGAGCUCUUGCCUGGUGACUUACCAAGGUGGAGGGGAGGACAUGGCCCUGCCCGAUGCUUUGGAGGAGUAUCUCCAGCAGGUGUGGGAAGGCGCCAUCAGAGCGGAGGCAGCCUCUGAAACACGUCUGCCAGAGCUCAUAGCUAAAUGUGAGCUCCAGGGAGUGAACGAUGCCAAGCAGGAAGCGCCUCUGUACACUGAAGGAACAAGGAGUGACGUAGAUCUCCUCACACCACAGAGCGAUCAGCAAGAAUCUGCUCCAAAUAGUGAUGAGGGCUACUAUGAUUCUACCACCCCAGGUCCUGACGAUGAAGCUGCUGGUGACGGUCUGGAUGAGAUCAAGACGGACCGCCUUCCAAGGGACAGCUACAGUGGGGAUGCGCUUUACGAAUUCUAUGAACCGGACGAUGCACUAAUGAGCCCGUCUCAUGGGGAUGGGUCCUGGUCUGAUAGGAAAGUGUCUCCUUUGGAGAUAUUUGACCAGUUCCUGGACCUUGCCCUCCCCGAUGAGAAGGACUUGAUCUGGCUGAUGGAUCAGAAAAGUGAAGUGAUGGAGACAGAAGAGCAGAGGCUGGCAGCCCUCCAGAAACAGCUGCUUUUUUGGGAGAUGCAGAGAGAGCCGGCCUUGAAACACCUCGAUAUGCUUAGCAGAGACCAGCCUCUGAGACCAGCGUGGCUGUCGGAAUGUGAAACGCAAGCAACCAGCUUAGCUGGGAAGGGCUCGAGUUGCCUUGGUUGUGAGCAAAUGAAUUUCUGUGCUUUGAACGCCAGUCUAAGUGCUGGAAAGAAACUAGCAGGAAACCAAGACUGGAAAGAUUUCCACAAGGUGCUCUGUCCAGAAGAGCACUGCAGCAGCAGCAGCACCACUAAAGCACACAGUAGUUGCCUUAUUCAGCCUUUGGGGAAUGACUCAGGGUUGGACGCCAGGGGUGAACAUUCGGCGCUUGAAGCCUGUGCUCUGAGGAGUUUGGCGCCAGGAAAAUGUGUGACCUACCCUUUGUACCGAGCGCACGGCUACCACAGCUGCUCUCCAAGGAAGCAGCCCAGGGGAGCCCGAGCUGACUUUCAGGAGCCCUGCCAGGAAGACAAAGAGGGCCCCGAGCAGGCCGUCAGCUUCUCCCAAGCCUUGGUGGAAUUCACCAGCAGCGGGACCCUCUUCUCCAGCCUGUCUGAAAGCCUUGGGAGCUCCGAUUCAGGCUCUGCCUUCCCUCAGAACCUUCCCAUCCUCCCAGCCAUGGUGACUUUUGACAUCGUCGAUGUGGAACAGGAAGGGGAAGGGGAAUGCGAGGAGCAUCUGGAGAUGAACACGGAUGAGGACAUGACCACGUCCUUUGAGGCUUUCGGGGACUCUUAUGACCCCAAAGCACCCAUCGCUGAAUGUGAUGAGCGAAUGUUUCCUGAGUAUCCCCAGAUCUCUUUCCAAAGUGGUCACUGGGGUGCUGCCAGCCUUCCUCGGUGUCUUCGACUUCAGGAGCUGAGUCCGCCUCUGCUAGAGCCUCUGUCCGUCUGCAGGAGGAGCCGAUCCCUUGAUACCGAGAGCCUGGAGUUUGAGCUGGCAAGUUUGCAGCUGUCCAAGAACAGCUUUAGGCCGUUUGAGCUCUGGAGCGGUUUCAAAAAGGAUCCUGGUUCUCCUGGGUUGGACAGUGGCCAGGAAGGUGUGCCACGUUCUCCAGGAGAAACAGAAGAGGGUGUUGGUGGCCUCUCGUGGCCAGGACUACUGAAUGUACCAUAUGGCAGCGAGGAGCUUUCCUUGCAAGACCCAAAAAUGGGGGAGGCUGAUCUGAAUACGCCUCCCUUUCAAAGCCCUUGGGGAGCCUCUGAUGCGGCUCCUCGUGUUGCCUUCCCGGGGCCAAAUUCCACCAAGGAACCAGCUGGACAGCCUCAAGCAGAUGGAAGUAACCAUCCAGCCCUUCCAGCAUUGAGACCAAUGACCAGGCCCUCCACUCUGUUUCUGGAAGCCCCAGUUGUGUCGCAAGAGGGCUGUGCUCCUCACAGGCCCCAUGGGGACAGUCUGGCUAAAAAGCAUGCUUGGGUCCUCCCCUUGGGAGAGAAAGGUCUAGAUUUGCCUUUGAGCUUUGGUUUUCCUUUCUCCCCUGACAAGCCGUCAGCGUGUAAGCCUGUGGAUGUGACUCAGGGAACAUCUCAGCUUCACACCAAGCAGUGCGGAGCCCACCUUUAAGGGCAAAGCUGAGCAUUGUGGGAGCUCUAGACACAGAGACCCUGGAAAGCACUUGCUGCCAGCUAGUCAAAGUCCAUGAACUUAACUAGCCAAGUAGCGUCUGUGAAUAGGGUUCAAGCUGGAUUGGAGUGGGUUUGGUUCCAGUGGGCUGGGAGGAUACAGAAAAUCCUGUAGACUGUUAACUUUGAUUUGAAGCUAGGAGGACUGGGUGAAAUGGUGCUGCUGACAUUUCUCCUUAAACAGACUUGCUCAUGGGCAGAGGGAACUCCUCUUGGUCCCCAAAAUGAUAUGGAGAGAACAGGGACGGUCUCGUAAGUUGAGGAGAUUGGAGUAAAGUCCCGGAUCAUGUCCAGCUGCUCCAUCAUGGGAAAAGGGGCAAAAAUAAUUUCCAAAAGCCAACUAGGUGGCCAAAGUUAGAAGGUAUAUUUUGGAGUAGGGGGAAGCUUAAGUAAAGGACCUUCCAAAAUGAGAGAUGUACCUAUGGUCAAACUUGAUAACUCCCAGUUUUUGAGGGCACAUGUGCUUGGAGGUCCACCUGCUAAGCUGGUUUUAUUCCAAGAGAUGCCUGUAGAGCAGAGUGCAAAUAGAGUGGUGGCUGGGGCCUGCAUGCAUGCCUUCUCUGGUCCCAGACCCUCCUCCAGAGUGGGUGGGGGCAAUUUUGUUGCUUUUUUUUUCAGUUGGGGGAAGUUAAGGGGCAGAAUUAGUGCCUUGAGCCUUGUAGAGGCUUAGCACCCAUUUUACACCCCAAAGCCUUCCUCCCAGACAGGUCCUGGCCUGGGCCAUUCUUAGAGUGUGGCCUUUGACAUGCAGUGCAAAGUCUGGGGUGGCCUUGAGCCAACAGAGGUCUGGCACCCUUGAUGUACAGUAUGGGAUUGCAGCUAUGCAGCAUAUCUUAAGUGCGUUUACUUGUUUGAGCAGGGUUUCUCCACCUUGGCCACUUUAAGAAGUGUGGA